AUGUCUCGUGCCCGUCAGCCCCCGCUGGUCACGGGCAUCUCGCCCAAGGAGGGCGCGGCUUGGACCAAAGUCACCAUCCGCGGAGAAAACCUGGGCACGGGCCCAGCCGACCUCGUCGGUCUGUCGAUCUGCGGCCAUAACUGCCUGCUGACAGCCGAGUGGAUGUCAGCCAGCAAGAUAGUGUGCCGCGUGGGUCCUGCCAAAGACGACAAGGGGGAGAUCAUUGUCAAUACGAAGUCCGGUGGUCUCGGCACCUCCACCGUCUCAUUCAAACUGAUCCGACCGGAGAGGAUCGGUAUCCUGGACCAGUCCGCCGUGUGGGUGGAUGAGAUGAACUACUACGACAUGAGGACCGACCGCAACAAAGGCAUCUCCCCCCUCUCUCUGCGACCCAGCAAUCCACUGGGCAUCGACAUAGACAAAGGGAAGCUCCCACAGAAAGACAUAGAGCUGACAUUUCCAGGAAUGAGUGGAGACUUCACCAGUGAGAACUUCUCCGCCACCUGGUACCUCAUAGAAAACCACAUGGGCUCCAGUUUUGAGCAGUUGAAGAUGGCAGCCAAUAACCUGAAGAAGCAGGCUACUAAAAAGAACGAGGGCAGUCUGGCCUACGUGAAAGGAGGCCUCAGUACGUUCUUUGAGGCCCAGGACGCACUGGCAGCGAUCCACCAGAGGCUGGAGUUUGAUGGCACAGAGAGAGUGGAGGGAUCGAUGACCCAGCGACUGGAAAACAUCCUCAACAGAGCCAGCGAUACUGCAGAUACUCUUUUCCAGGAGGUCUUAGGGCGCAAAGACAAGGCUGACUCCACACGCAAUGCACUCAACGUCCUGCAACGUUUCAAGUUCCUCUUCAACCUGCCACUCAACAUCGAGCGCAACAUCCAAAAGGGCGAUUAUGAUGUGGUGAUCAAUGACUAUGAGAAAGCCAAAUCUCUCUUUGGCAACACUGAAGUCCCCGUUUUCAAAAAAGUGUAUGCUGAGGUCGAGAUGAGGAUCGGAGCUCUGAGGAGUCUCCUAUUGGAGAAACUGCUCCAGACCCCGUCCACACUGCACGACCAGAAGAGAUACAUCAGGUAUCUGUCUGACCUCCACGCCCCGGGCGACCCGGCAUGGCAGUGCAUCUAUGCCCAGCACAAGUGGAUCCUGCAGCUGAUGCAAAGCUGCAGAGAUGAGUUCAUCAGCGGCCAGCGAGUGGGCGUCGGCGCUCUGGACCAGGAGAGGGAUGCCCGUGGGUCGGCCCUCGGCAGACUGGGCCACAGCGCGUCUCUGAAGAGGGGAGGCAGCCAGAGGACGACGCGACCCAGCACCUGGCGCUUUGAAACCCCGCAGCAGGUGCAGUUUGUGGAGAAGCUUUCAGAUGUGGUCAUCGGCCAGUUGCCCAACUUCUGGAAGCUUUGGAUCUCUUACGUUAACGGAAGUCUUUUCAGUGAGACUGGAGAGAAGUCUGGACAGGUGGAAAAAUCCAAGAAAAAUGCCAGACAGCGGCAGAAUGACUUUAAAAAAAUGAUCGAGGAGAUGAUCAAUCGGCUGGUGAAGCUCGUUCGGGGGGCUCUUCUCCCCACUACGCUGCCGCAGGGGGAGCUGAGUUCUUACGGAGGCUGGGAGAACAAGACGGAGCUCACUGGGGCCUGGCUUACUCAAAUCAUACACAUCGUCAGGGCUUGUCACGAGGCUCUGUCCACUCUGGAGAUCCCCAACGACUUGCUGCAGGUGAUCCAGGAUCUGCUGCUGGAGCUGAGAGUUCACUGCCUCAUGGUCACUCUGUUGCACACCACAGACGAUGUCAAGGGGCUCGCUGAGAAGGAGAACUGGGUCGUGGAUAAUGAAGGGAUCACCAGCCUGCCUUCACAGUUCGAACAGUGCAUGAUCCAGAUGCUGCAGUCACUCAAAGAGCCUCUGGAGAUCAAACCUGGAGAAAUUAAUGUGCUGCAGUUGGAUCAGGUGCAGGACCAGGCCACAGAGCUCAGUGUGAACAUCAUGAAGGUUUUCAUUUACUGUCUGGAGCAGCUGAGCAGUAAGAGUGAGAUUUCUACUUCUCACAACAUAUCGGUGGACCUCUCCUCUCCGGAUCGGUUCACUGCAGCUCAUGAAGGCUUCAGUCCAACAUCAGAGCAGCGCCUACUGAUCAUCCUCAGCAACUGCCAGUACCUGGAGAGACGCACCCUGCUGAACCUGGCCAAUCACUUCGAGAAACACGGGCUCACAGGCACCGAGAAGAUCACACGGGUGAGUGUGGACGCUGUACGAGAGCUGGAUAGAAAACUCUUUGAGGCCUACAUCGAGAGACGAGCCGACCCGAUCUGUGGCUCCCUGGAGCCCGGCAUCUACGCCGGGUACUUUGACUGGAGAGACUGCCGGACGCCGACAGGUGUGAGGAACUACCUGAAGGAAGCCCUGGUCAACAUCAUCACAGUUCAUGCUGAGGUCUUCACGGUGUCUAAGGACCUGGUACCCCGGGUUCUGUCUAAGAUUGUCGAGUCGGUUGCGGAGGAGAUGUGUCGUCUUAUGCAAUGCGUGUCCUCCUUCAGCAAAAAUGGAUCCCUGCAGGCCCGGCUCGAGCUGUGUGCUCUGAGAGACGCCAUAUCCACGUUCCUGAACUCUGACAGCAGCGCCAACUUCAAACUGGCUCUGGAUGCCCUUCCACAGCUCCAUAGUGGAGCUGAUAAGAAGUUGUUGGAAGAGUUGUUAAACAAGUUCAAAAGCAGCAUGCAGCUCCAGCUCACCUGCUUCCAGCCCUGCUGCAUCCAGCCUGUUAAGAGAUGAAUUCAACCCCGUCUGUCUGCAACUGUACUGCACUCGCUGUGUCUCAUGUGUGUGCAGUGAGCUAAUGAACUUUAACCUUUUCGCUUAACACUUUAUUAACUCAUAGCGUUUGUUUCACUAUCAGUGUUCAGUUGUUCUUCACCAGAGUGUGUUCAUCUAAUCUCAAUGACACAAGAUGAGUUGAUGUUGCUGUUAGUGUGUAGGCCUGUAACUGGGAUGAACUCAGUUAAACUCAGUUUAAAGUUGGUGUUGAUGCUUUGUACUUUGCCAUCUCUGCAGCCCAAUAAAUGAGCACUACUUA